GCUUUCUGUCCACCACCUUCCCAGCUACCCCUUCAUCGGAAAGCCGCGGACCAAUAAGCCCUUCUCAAAAAGAGGUAAAGGGAGAUGGGCAAAGGCUUGUGGCAAAGAUUGGCAAUUGUAUUCCCAGAAGGGGCCAAAUAGCCUUUUUUUUUUUUUAUCUGCUGAGUCAGGUGAACCGAUUCACUGUGAGGCAACCUGCUGAGAAAAAAAAACCGAAGGAAACAGUCAUGUGUUCAUUCUGAAGACUAAACACAGAGCACAUUAUCUACAAGACCCACUUGUGGACUGUCGGCAGCCCUUGCUCCGCCUCAGAGGGAGGGGGAAACUCGAGAACUUGGGGGCCACAAAAGAAAGGCCUGCCAAAGCUAACUGGGAUCUGUUUGCUCCCGCACCAACCGAUAGAGAAGCAUGGCUUCCACCGUCUGGGGGGGCGCCCCCUGGUGGGGCCCACCGCCCCCAGCCCCAGCCCGGCCUCUCACAGACAUAGACUUCUGCUCUGGUGCACAGCUGCGAGAGCUCACUCAGUUGAUUCAGGAGCUGGGUGUCCAGGAGAGUUGGAGUGAAGGGCCCAAGCCUGGAGCUGAUCUUCUCCGAGCCAAGGAUUUUAUCUUCUCUCUACUCGGUCUAGUUCACCGCCAGGACCCUCGUUUUCCACCCCAGACAGAACUCUUGUUGCUACGCGGUGGGAUUCGCGAAGGUUCCCUAGAUUUAGGGCACGCCCCCUUAGGUCCCUACUCCCGGGGACCUCAUUAUGAUGCCGGCUUUACACUCCUUGUGCCUGUGUUUUCUCUGGAUGACACUGGGCCCGAGCUGCUACUGGAUCUGGAAUCCUGUUCUGCAUGGCUCCGCCUUCCAGAACUGAUGCGCGGAAUUUUGGUCCGGGAGGCCUGGCAGGACUGCCUAGGACCGCCUGUCCCAGAAGAAAGUGAUAUGACUCACCAAAACCAUAGCAAAGAGAGUCCCACCUACCGGGAAAACUCUGUACAUCAGUCACAUGACUGUAUCCCUGAACCUAAGCCACAUACGUCUUUGCAAAAGUCAUCUAGUGACCUUUCAGGGUCCCAAUCGUCUUAUAAUGACGUCACCGAUCUUGAAACUCCUGAACUAUUGGAAACAUCGAGUAGUGACGCCUUGGAAGCCGACGAAAGCCCAGUCCCGAAGCCGUCGGAGCCUCCAAAGGCGUGGCCCACAUUAUGCCCGACCCAAGUAGCUUCAUGGUUCUUCGUUAAGUUGGCCGAGGUUGCUGAGUCCCUGAUCCCGGUCCCAGGCGCCCCGCGGCUAGUUCAUGCAGCUCGCCACGCGGGUGUCACUACGGUCCUCCUGGCAACUCCAGAGCCCCCACGCCACCUCCUGCUCUUCGACUUGAUCCCGGUGGUGACCGUGACAGGCUGGCCUGACACGGCUCGGAGCCACUCGUGGGCCGGUCCACUGGUCUCUGAAUCGGCCUCUUUCUACCUAGUGCCCGGCAGCCUCCCGGAGCAGCAGGGUACCUCUGGAUGGCAGCUGUGCUUCGCCCGCCAGGAGCUGGCGCUCAAAGCGCGCAUCCCCGCGCCGCUGCUUCAGGCACACGCGGCGGCCCAGGCACUGCUGCGCCCGCUGGUGGCGGGGACUCGAGCCGCUGCGCCCUACCUCCUGCGGACCUUGCUCUACUGGGCGUGCGAGCGGCUCCCGGCGCUCUACCUAGCGCGGCCGGAAAAUGCCGGCGCUUGUUGCCUUGGGCUACUGGAUGAGCUGAGCCGAGUACUAGAGGCCGGGGCGCUGCCUCAUUAUUUUUUGAGCGUCCGAAAGCUCGGUAUGGGAGAUGGCUCCGCUGCUCUGCGCGGAGCUUUGGCCCAGCUCCGCGGGGACCCUGCACAGGCCUUGCGUGAGGCUGUGGAGGAAGCCAAGGUUGCCCGCAAAGGGGGCGGUUUAGCGGGCGUAGGGGGCGGAACCCAUUAAAGAUUCUUCUCCUAAGGG